UAGUACUAAUUGAAAAGGAUGAGAUUCCAAUUAGCAAAAAUGUGAGAAAGGUGGUGUGGAACUGUGGAUGCACGAGCCCGAGGAAAAAGAUUAGAGGGGUCAUUAGUCUAGUUCAAAUAUUUGAUACUUUAAUAAAAUAUGAUUAUAGAUUGACUAGCUAGCUAGAUAGUUCCAUGUUGAAGAAAUGAUUAGACCUUUAAAAUUCAAAAUAUUAUAUUUUCCCAAACUUUCAUUCAACUAAUCGCUGGAUCUCCCAAUCUUCUAAAACUCAAAACAUAACUUUAACUUAAAGCAAAAACCUUAUUUAUUCCAAACAAAAAAGAAGAAGUGUAUUCCAAGGUAUGAUUGGUUAGCUUGGACUUGGAGAUCCCUACCACCAUAUCCUAUCAUCAUUUUCCUCCUCAUCUCUCUAUCUCAAUGUAUGUCCCUCCCAAUUAUGACCAUAACAACUCACCCCCUCUCUUAAUCUUAAAUCUUAAUCACCAUUUUUCAAUUUAAUUAUGAUAAUUUCUCCAUUGUUUAGGCAUGGAAAUAUAUGUUGGGUUGGGUUGCCAUCAAGAGGAGACCACUUACCCUUUAUUUUUGUUUGAGGGUCACAUAACCCUUUCCUCUUAAAGAUAAUGCACAUGACAACUCAAGCCAAGGACCACCUACCUAGCUAGCUAGAACAUGAACACAUUAAGUACUUGUCAUGAAAACCAGGCACUAAUUAACUAUUCCUCUUAUUUAUCCAUUAUAAGGACAAUCAUUUAUCUAUUCAGAUGUCCAAAUAUAAAUGACAUAACUUUUUCUGUCGUAUCAACUUGAUCUAAACCCGACACGUUUAAAAGUGACUGUCUGUAACGCGAUCAAAUAAUAUUUGAAACAAUCUUAUUCAUAUUUACUCGUAACGAUCGUAUGACCGGAUUAAUCGAUUUGUAAAAUUUUCACACUUUUUUCUAUUGUUCACAUAAUUCACAUCUACCAUCAGAAACAAAUUAAUUAAACCGACCCGUUAUUAACCAUGACCCACCAAUCGUCGAAAUUUGACCCGUCCGCCAAUCAGUGACUUGGGGGUAAGGCUGUUAAUGAGCCGAGCCGAGCCUAACCCAACUUUGUCAUAGCUCGGGCUCAGCUCGUUAAUAUAUUUCCAGGCUCGAGCUCCGCUCGGCUUCGUCACGAGCUUUAAUAUGCAAGCUCGGCUCGUUUAUGAAAAUGAAAGCUCGAGCUCGACUCACCAAAUAAGCUUAACGAGCCCAAAAUCGAGUUCAACGCAUACCAUGUUCAUUAUAGCUCGAGCUAGCACCGAGCAUAAAAUUACAUUCAAACCUGCAGCAAAGUCUAGCAAAAAACAAAACACAAUAUUGAUCUCGAUUUCAAUACAUUAAAAUCUAUGAAAUCCCAAUCCUUUCUAAUGCCAAACCGUUAAUUAAAUGAGCUUGUUUGCGAGUUUUCGAGCUGAACAUGGUAUGACUCGAGUUCGACUCGUUUAGUUAAUGAACCUGUUUGCGAGCCGCGGCUCGAUUAAGACGAAUCGAGUCUUGAAACAAGUUUUUCUCGAAUCGGAUUCCGAGCCCGUUCAUAAUCUCUGCUUGGUUCGUUAACAAAUAAUAACAACCCUACUUGGGGUGAAAAUUUCACUUAUGGAAAUCCAUUGGAGAGACAGUUAGAAAGAUUCCUUCUUUGGUGGGGAGGACAAUGGCGCCUCAUACCGGUCCCAUAUGUCAAAGCCAUGGAACGUCGGAGGGGAGGACCAAAUCCGCUGUAUUCUUCAAUCUUCAAUUGUUGCAAAAUCUUGCAGCUUAACGUAUCGAGGGGCAAUUCUGACCGAACAAUUUCACUACUGCAGUGCUGUCUCUCUCUCUCUCCCUCUCUCUACAUGUUCAGAGCCUUCGUCAGCAUCUACCAGAGAGAGAAAGAAAACAACAAACAAUUUUGUAGAGCAGAGGCAGAGGCAGAGGCAGAGGCAGAGGCAGCGGCAGCAAGCUCGACAUGAAUAAACAGGUGGCCUCUUCUUAUAUCUCUGCCCAGCACAGCGCCCAUUGCCCCAUCAUCACAUGAAGUAGUAAUUUGGUCUUCUUCCCCAAAUAUCUCAGUUCCUAUAUAAACUAUAUUCCAAAUUCGAGAAUCCAAUGCCUCGUGUGGGCAUUAAUUACCCUUCCUAAUUGCAUUACUGCUAAUGCAUAGCGUUUCACCCUAUAACUUCUGACUUGUUGUGUGCAUCAAACUUGUUUCCUUCGUCUAAAUAAUAAUCUUUUCAAGCAGAGGAAAUCGUGGGAUCGACGGCGUUCUAAUUUGCGAUCUGUCGUCAAAAAGAGCCACGCUCGUGGUGUUGAAAUUACGAGGUUACUUGUUUUUGGAGAAUUUGAGUAAAUCUUAUAUGAACGA